AUGACAUUGCGCAAAUUAACCAAGGCUGAGCGUGGGUACUUGGAUUCCCUCGUCAACGUGGAAUCUUUUGUUGCCAAUUUCGAUCCACAGCGUGAUCGGACGAGAAUUGCUUCACGUUUGGAGUACUUGGAAACCCUUUUUAAGGAGUUCCGCGAGAAUCGGGCCAAAGUUGAAGCACGGCAAGAGCAAGAUCUGGCAGCAUCGAGCUCAGGAGAGGCAGAGAAGGAUGCGCAAGUGAAAAAGGACAUGAAUACCGCUAACCGAAAGACGCGGUUGGAUUUCGAGAACCGUUAUUUCGACGUGAAAGAUUUUUUGGUGUCCCAAAGAAGCAACACGACAGCUGCAGCCUCCUCCUCUUCCUCUCCGCCUGGCCAAACCCCUUACUCCCGCGUUAACCUCCCAGUUUUCAAAAUCCCCCCUUUUGACGGUAGUGUGAAGGACUGGUUAAGCUUUCGCGAUGCGUUCCAGAACACGAUCGGCAAAGAUGUCUCGCUAUCGUCGCUCGACAAGUUCAACUAUCUGCUUUCGGUGCUCACCAAGGAAGCUAGAACUUUGGUGGAGUCAAUCGAAGUGACGGCUACCAAUUUCGACGUGGCGUGGCAAAUGCUUGAACAACGGUUCGAGAAUAAGAAGAUGAUCUCACGCGCUCUGAUGAACAGUUUUUUGGAAUCCGAGCCAAUUAAGCGGGAAUCGUACGAUGCCCUAGUGAAUCUCAUCGAUUCGUACGAGCGCAAUUUGCUGCAGCUGAGGAAGAUCGGACUUCCUACGAAGGGGUGGUCGCACCUGUUGGCUCACAUACUCUACACGCGUCUCGAUGCCGAAACUCAAAGGCACUGGGAGCGGGCCCACAACUCUCGAGAAGCGCCCACGUACGAAGAUAUGCUAACGUUUCUGCGCGACCAUUUGGCCACCCUUCAACCGUUAGCGCUCGCUAAGCCUCGACCAUCGGAAUCCCGCCAAGACCAUGGAAGACCAGCGCAGAAGCCCAAGGUGGGCUCUACCCUCAACCACAGCCGUCAGCCCCCAAUCGCACCAGCUUUAGAGAAUUCCUCCGCCUCGCAAUCGCAAGUUCUCGCUACCGCUCCCGCAACCACUGCUUUGGUCGAACCUUCCACCUCUGGUCGUCCUUCAGUCGCUCUCUCCGCUAGUGCACCGACGAAUAGAAAUAUCGUUCUCCUCUCGACUGCUGUUGUCAAGAUAGAAGACCCCAAGGGAAACGUUCAGUUCGCGAGAGCCCUCCUGGACUGCUGCUCCGAACGCAACUUGCUCAGCGAACACCUGGCACAGAAACUGGAACUUCGACGGCAGCACGAUCCCCUAGCGCUUCAGGGCAUUGGACCUAGUACUGCUACAUCUAGGCAAUCGACGAUGGCAACAAUCCGUUCACGCUGUACGGACUACGCUAUCGAUCUCAAGUUCCACAUCUUGCCGGAAUUCAAACCUAUCUUGCCAUCAAAUCGGUUGCACACCGAUCAUUGGAAUGUCCCAUCGUUCGUCCAACUCGCCGACCCUCGCUUCUUCGAACCCAACCGUAUCGACAUCAUCUUAGGAGCAGAGGUUUACUAUCGCCUGCUGCUGAAAGGAUUCGUAGAUCUUGGACCGGAGCUUCCCCAUCUUAAGGAAACCGUCUUUGGGUGGAUAGUUUCCGGUAAAUACGACGCCACGGAGACAAACCACUCUGCCGUCGCACUCGUCUGCACUAAUGCAGAUUUGGAAAAGCAGCUGGCUCGUUUCUGGGAGGUAGAGUCCUGUCACUCGAACGAAACCCUCUCAGUAGAAGAACGAUCAUGCGAAACUCACUUUGCCGCAACCACAACCCGCGAUCCUUCAGGACGGUUUGUAGUUUCACUCCCCAAGAAACUUGAUGUUCUCGAGAAACUUGGAGAGUCUCGAAGCAUCGCUAUUCGCCGUUUCAUGUCACUUGAACGGCGACUGCAGUCGAACCCGCAGCUGUUGGGAGACUACGAGGCGUUCAUUCAGGAAUACCUUCAACUAGGGCAUAUGGAGCUGAUUGACCCUAGCAACGAAGUCUUGCCGCCUGGCGAGAAAACAUACUAUAUGCCUCAUCACUGUAUCGUUCGGUCGGACAGUGCUACGACGAAACUUCGCGUCGUAUUCGAUGCUUCAUGCGCCACCGAUAGCGGCGUUUCGCUAAAUGACGCUCUAAUGGUGGGCCCCGUCGUUCAAGACGAGCUGUUCAGCAUCCUCCUACGUUUCCGGAUGUCUCGUUUCGUCAUCGUUGCUGAUCUCCAGAAAAUGUACCGACAGGUGUUGGUGCACCCCUCUGAUCGUCAACUCCAGCGCAUCGUUUUUCGUUCCUCGCCAUCAGAACCCAUUCGAACUUAA